AUGCACGGAGACCCAGUUCUAGCAAACACGCCUCUCAGUAGUGUCUACUCCAGGAUGCACUCCCUAACCUAUGACCCCUGGUCAUUCAACGUGAGCACAACCAGCGCCUCAGGUCAUCCCCAGGUCAAGAGUGAGAUAUCCACCCCACCAUCUGCCAACAGCGCAUCCAGCUGGUGGGACAUGCAUGCUGGAACCGGCUCCUGGCUUACGGACCCAGCUUCCGGUUCGGUCGGCGCCGCCGCACUCAGAUCUCAAAUGUCUCCAAACUAUCCAGCGUCGGAUUUUUCUUUAACCCAUGCCCUGGGCUCUAAUGUUUCUGCCAAUGCUCUUCUGACCUCUGGUCAGCAUUUCCUUCAAGACAGCUACGGUACCUACAAGUCUAUGUUGUCCUCGCAGUCAGACUUUGGCUCUGCCUGCUCCAUGACUCCAUUUCUGGCCACAGCUAGAUCAGGAGUUGCCGGUUUACCAAGUGCUCGCACUCAAAGGCGGUACACGGGACGUCCCAACUGUGAUUGUCCCAACUGCCAGGAAGCAGACAGGUUAGGACUUGCAGCAGACCACUUCCAGAAGAGAAGCAUCCACAGUUGCCACAUUCCUGGGUGUGGCAAGGUGUACAACAAAACCUCCCACCUCAAAGCUCAUCUUCGUUGGCACACGGGAGAAAGACCUUUUGUUUGCAACUGGCUGUUUUGCGGAAAGAGGUUCACUCGUUCCGAUGAACUCCAAAGGCAUCUUCGAUCUCACAGCGGAGAAAAAAGAUUUGCCUGUCCUCUUUGUAAUAAGCGGUUCCUGAGAAGCGACCAUCUGGCCAAGCACGUGAAGACUCACAGCGAAGAAGGUGGAGGUGGAAGCGAAAGCGAGAUGGAGAAUGCCCCAAAAGAAGAUAACUUGCGUCGUGACGCUCUUUCUCCGCAGGCUCCACAGGGACAGGACCUAGCAGCACCUACAGCUCAUUCCUCAGAGGCUAAGCCUUAG